AUGGCCAUCCCACAAUCCACGGAUCCAUCCAUUAGGUAUCUAUCCACGACUCAAGCCUAUGACCUAUGGGCUGCCAUCUACGACACCGAUGGCAAUUUCCUCCAAGCACUUGACACCAUUGAGAUGAGAGCACUGGUACCACGCAUGCUUACUCUACUGGAGACCUCACAACUGCCCCGACCUUGGAAGUUGGUCGAUCUUGGAUGCGGUACUGGCCGUAAUACAGCUGCGCUGCUGGACAUCGAAGGAGCCUCGGUUGUAGGGCUUGAUGCUAGCCCAGGUAUGCUGCAGGUUGCCAGACAUCGCCUGGAGAAAUUAUCUGGCGAGAGUGGACAAUUGAAGCUGGAAGUGUUUGAUAUGCUGCAUCAACCCGAUCCGCCGGACUCUGCGAGGGGUGCCGACGCUGUGGUUUCGACACUGGUCCUGGAACACAUCCCAGCGGAUAUCUUCUUCCAUCAUGUCGGUCAAAUUCUCAACCCAGGUGCGCUUCUACUGUUGACAAACAUGCAUCCGGAAAUGGGUAGCCUUAGUCAGGCUGGAUUCACCGACACAAAGACCGGUGAAAAGAUCCGUCCGAUUAGUUUUGCUCACACACUAGCCCAAGUCGAAGCGGCAGCUACCAAGAAUGGCCUAGAAGUUAUCGGACAGCUAGAAGAGAAGGCUGUAGACGAAUCAAUGGUAUCAAUGCUCGGCGACCGGUCUUCGAAAUGGAUUGGUGUGACCGUAUGGUUCGGAGGCAUUUUUCGAAAGAAGAGUUGA